AUGUACACAGACGCGGUCUCUCCCUACUCCUCUCCCACUGUCUACCCCACUUCUUCUCCCUCCUCUCCAUACACCUCAUAUCCCUACACCACCCCCUCUCCCCCUCUCUCUGCUCUGACUGUGUGCCUGCGUUACAUGGCUGAGGAGGGAAAAGACUUGACUCUCUUCAGCCUCACUCAGGGGAACUACUGGAACCUGUUACUGGAAAGGAACAGUGGGAUGGACUACCUCUCCACCCAUUCCUCCUCUCAGUCCUUCCGCUCCUAUAGGCUGUUAUCAAAGUACAUCACAGACAUAGAGCAACGCCCUUGGACCAAUCUGUGUGUUACUUGGGAAGCAGAGACGGGUGUGGCCCAGGUGUGGAGGGGCGGGACUGUCAGCAUUAGGAAGAGAGUGCUUGGACAGGUGACCAAUGGGCCUCCUGUCUUGAAAGUGUAUAAGUCUGAGGGGCAGGUAACUGACGCGGAAGUGUGGGACAGCGUCCUCUCCCCAAGCUGGAUAAUGUCCUACAUGUCUGGGUGGCAGUCCUACUGGUCCUACACCCCUGGUAAUGUGCUGACCUGGUCCAAGGCCAUCUACUCCACCAAUGGUGAGGUUCUCCUGGAGAGAAACACCUACAACUUUGACCAUCAGCCUAUCAGUGGCCACAACCAGCGCCCAGGACCAUUUAAAAGGGAGACAACGAGAAAGUUUGAAUGGAGGAAGAGUGAGAAUGCAGAGCAGAGACAGAGGGCAUGGCUGUAG